AUGCUCAUAGGCGGCCGGGUCGCUGUCACGUACCAUCUCCCAAGGGGCUCCUGGACCUCCCUCACGCCGCAGCUCAGUGCAGCAGUAGGAGACCUCCAUCUGGUCUCACCGACAGCCCCCCCACUGCACCCAGACUCACUGCACCCAGACUCACUGCACCCAGACUCACAGCACCCAGACUCACAGCACCCAGACUCACAGCACCCAGACUCACAGCACCCAGACUCACAGCACCCAGUCAGCUCCUCUGACUCUUUCAUUCUCACGUUUUGA